GACACGAAUAUAUAAGAAAAGUAUCCCCACUUUUGUUAGUUGCAGAAAUCAGUUCAAACACCAGCUUUAAACAUGUUAAGAAUAAGCUCAAGUUGUAUUUUAGUUCUUGUAGUUCUUCUACAGAAAGGUGAAUGCCAAACUGGUAGUGGUGGAACACAGAAUUGGAUGCAAUAUGCGGCAGACUUCAUGAAAUCACAGGCAGCUGGUGCUGGUACUGGUGCCGCAACAGGUGGAACGGGUGCAGCUGGUAAUCCCUCAUUUAUGAGUGAAAUUUCGAAAAUGGUUCGUGAAAUGUCAUCUUCUUUUGGCGGUAGACAAGGAGGAAUGGGCGGCCUUGCAAGUAUGAUGGGUGGAGGUUCAGAAAGGGAUUUCGGCAGCAUGAUGGGAGGUUCAGGCGGGGGUUUCAGCAGCAUGAUGGGCGGAUCCGGUAUGGAUUUCGGAAGUAUGAUGGGAGGCUCCGGCGGGGGAAUGGGAAACAUGAUGAGCAUGAUGAGAGGUAUGAUGGGAGGCUCAGGGGGAGAUUUUUCAAGCAUGAUGGGAGGUUCCGGUGAAGGUUUUGGAAGAAUGAUGGGAGGAGGAGCCAGUGGCAUUAUGGGUAUGAUGGGUGGCUCCGGAGGAGAUGCAGGUGAUUUUAUGUCAGGUGGAAUGAGCGGAAUGGGCUCAAUGGGCGGAAUGAGCGGAAUGGGUGGAUUUUGAUUUGUUUUAUAAUUCCAAUUCUUUUAUAUAUAUAUAUAUGUAUUUCUCUUUUUAAGUCUUCAUUAACUAGUGUAUUUAAUACAUGAUUUCAACAUAUAAACAAAGACUUCUAUUAAUUGGUAAUGAAUUAGUCUGCAUAAACGAUGGCAAAGUAUAUAUACUGUAAUGAUUUUUUUUAUUUACUUUCGUACAUUUUGUGUUUAUGUUUUUGAAUAUUUCAAAAUAAACCAAAUGUCGUUUCUGUAUUAUGUUUGUUAAUUUUAUUAAAAUU